AUGUGUCAAAAGCCCCUGUACCGUCGCCGCAUGAAGAAUUCUGGCUACAAAGCCGGCAAUAUCAUGGAUUACAUCGUCAACCAUGGCAAGGGCGAUGAUUUUUUUGUUACGCUCGAUUCUGACAGCGUGAUGGGUGGAGACCUCCUUGUUCGCAUGGUCUCAAGCAUGGAACAAUACCCUCGGCUCGGCCUGUUGCAAUCCCAAUUCCUUACUGUUCCAGCCGUCAGUGCCUUUGCCCGCCUCAUGCAGUUCGGAAGACGUCAUGGUCUGCGUUUCCGUCAUCUUGGGAGUAGCUGGUGGUUUGGCGACUGCGGGCUUUACUGGGGCCACAACGCCAUUAUCCGCAUAAAGGCCUUCCACGAGAACUGUAUGCUACCUGUUCUCCCCAACAAGCCUCCGCUAGGUGGUCACAUCCUUAGUCACGACGUUAUGGAGGCUAUAUUUAUGCGCCGUGCUGGCUACGAAGUUCGGAUGAUCCCUCUUGACGUCCACAGCUACGAGACUAGCCCGCCGACCUUUCUCGAUUACCUGCGCCGUGAGCAUCGAUGGUGCCAGGGCAGCAUGCAGUACUGGUUCAUGCUACUGGACCCCGGCAUCAAGCCUGUCAGCCGUUACCAUGUGUACCACGUUAUUUCUUCAUAUAUCGGCCCAGCUUUCAGGCUCCUAUUAGCCUUGGCUAGCAUCGCUAAAGGGGUAUCAGGCGGAUAUAACGAUGCCGAGUUCAAGUACAACCCCGGGCCGCAAUUACUCAUCCUAGGUAUUAGCCUGAUACCUAAAGCCGUCGGUAGUUUCGAGACUGCUGGAACCUCUUUCAAGCGCUGUGGUGGCCACUUGCGCUGGGCUGUCUCUGUCCUGCUGGAACUCGUCAUAAUGGCCCUUAUCGGGCCCGCCAUAGACUUAGCGAUCAUGGUUUACCUCCUCAGCAUGCUUAGUGGCAAGUCGACUACAUGGGACGGCCAAAACCGCGACCGUCUUGGCCUUAGCUGGCGCGAUAGCCUUCGUGUCCUUUGGCCGCAGACUCUCCUCGGUUUUAGCAUCGCUGGCCUACUCUCUAUUCAGGAUGCUCUCCCCCGGCUUUGGUUUCUACCCUUCGUCACCAGUCUCUGCCUUGCAAUACCGAUCUCUGUCCUUACCGCAUCGCCGCGUCUCAGCCAGUUCACUGUACAUCUUCGUUUGUUCAUGGCCUCAGAAGAAGGCUCAUCAAGUCAGGCACCCAUGUACCUAAACCAUAACAAGGCUUUCACGACCUCUUUUGAUCGGGUUUGUCGAGGUAGGAAAUCGUCUGGCGAUGGCACCGUGACUCGCUAUCGUCGUGAGGACCACUGGACAAUAAGGCCAAUCCCCGAACAGUACUACGAAAAGCGCGGCACCUAUCAACGCCGAAGGUCCGGUGCCGGUGACAAUGAGCGAGGAAGCAAACUGACAGGCAAGCAAACAACGACGUGCAACAAGAAGACUGACGCGUGGGGCGAGGGUAUUGAGUAUUGUGCAAGUUUUCACGUCGAGGUGACGAAGGCUUUCGUCACGGCGGUAAGUGUAGACAGGACGGCUAUACACCUGAGCCCUCCGAGUGACUUUGGCGGCAUGCUCAUGGAGAACCCAGACCUGAGCUUCCGCCGGUAUCCCUUGGGGCAGUUUUAG